GCCCUAAAAGAACAGUAAUUUUCCCCAUUAUCUCUAACCAGCGGUCGGUGAACCUGUGUCUAAACACGAGAUGUGACUCUCCGCAGGGAUAGUUUCUCAGUGCGCGAGCGACGUUCGCUGCGGCACUCUAUAGAUAAGAAAAAAAAAGUAGCUUGAUGAGAAUCCAAAGUAGUGGAAGUUUGGAGGGGACGCCAUCUUGGUCCCAGCUCUCCACGUCCCCAACACGGACUUGUUUUCAGCAGCUUACCACGGCAGGGGUGAAGGCCUCGGAAGGCACUAUGGAUGAGCUGCACAGCCUGGACCCCCGCAGACAGGAACUACUGGAGGCACGUUUUAUGGGUGGGGUCAGUGGCAGCACAGGUGGGAGCACUUGCAGCACAAGCGGAGGAACCAAAGGACUGACCAACAAUGAAUGUUCAAAUCAUAGUUUUGGAAGUUUGGGAUCCUUGAGCGACAAGGAGUCAGAGGGUUCUGAUGUAAAAAGAGGCAGUUCUCCUGCAUAUUCGACUCCAGAAAAAAAGCAGUCGGAAACGACCAGAGGCAGAAAAAGGAAGCCAGAGAUCCAGUCAGAGAGCAGCCAAGGAAAAUCAGCUGUGCGAGGACCCAAAAUAAGUGAUUAUUUUGAUUUUCAUGGAGGGAAUGGGUCCAGUCCUGUGAGAGGUCUCCCUCCAAUGCUCCGCUCACCACAGAACUCACAUUCCCAGUCAGCUCAGGGUGUUGCUGUUAGACAAAAUAGCUCAUCUCCUACUAAUAUGUCUUUUGGGGACCAGAUGACAAACCCAAAACAACUAUCUGUCAAAUUAGUUCAGACCGAUCUUACAGUUGUAAAAUUGGCUGCGCUUGAAAGUACGAAGAACUUGGACCUUGAGAAGAAGGAGGGUCGAAUAGAUGACCUACUAAGGGCAAACUGUGAUCUCAGGAGGCAGAUUGAUGAGCAGCAAAAAUUACUUGAAAAAUAUAAGGAACGAUUGAAUAAAUGCAUCACCAUGAGCAAAAAGUUGCUCAUAGAAAAGAGCACCCAGGAGAAGCAGGCCUGUCGGGAAAAGAGUAUGCAGGAUAGAUUACGUCUGGGCCAUUUCACCACAGUUCGACACGGGGCCUCAUUUACAGAGCAGUGGACAGAUGGCUAUGCCUUUCAAAACCUCGUCAAACAGCAAGAAUGGAUAAAUCAGCAAAGAGAAGACAUCGAAAGGCAGAGGAAACUAUUAGCAAAGAGGAAACCUCCAUCCUCUAGCAACUCCCAAACACCUACCACAAACUCAGAGCCAAAGCAACGUAAAACCAAGGCGGUGAACGGAGCAGAAAGUGAUCCCUUUCUAAAACCCAGCCUACCUCAACUGCUGACUCUAGCAGAGUACCAUGAACAGGAAGAGAUCUUCAAACUGCGACUGGGACAUCUGAAGAAGGAAGAAGCUGAGAUCCAGGCUGAGCUGGAGCGCCUGGAGAGAGUCCGCAACCUUCACAUCAGGGAGCUGAAGAGAAUAAAUAAUGAAGACAGCUCCCAAUUUAAAGACCACCCCACUCUAAAUGAACGGUAUCUGCUCCUACAUCUCUUGGGGCGUGGGGGCUUUAGUGAAGUUUACAAGGCUUUUGACUUGAUUGAACAACGAUAUGCGGCUGUGAAAAUUCACCAACUUAACAAGAACUGGAGGGAAGAGAAAAAGGAGAACUAUCACAAACAUGCAUGUCGAGAGUACAGGAUACACAAAGAGCUUGACCAUCCUAGGAUCGUUAAACUUUACGACUACUUCUCACUGGACACAGACACGUUUUGUACCGUCAUGGAGUUCUGCGAGGGAAACGACUUGGAUUUCUACUUGAAGCAGCAUAAGCUAAUGUCUGAGAAAGAGGCCCGGUCUAUAGUCAUGCAGAUAGUGAACGCACUAAAAUAUCUAAAUGAAAUCAAGCCUCCCAUCAUCCAUUAUGACCUUAAACCAGGGAACAUCUUGCUAGUGGACGGCACAGCCUGUGGGGAAAUAAAAAUCACAGAUUUUGGUCUCUCCAAAAUCAUGGAUGAUGACAACUAUGGCGUUGAUGGGAUGGAUCUGACGUCGCAGGGCGCGGGGACCUAUUGGUACCUCCCUCCUGAAUGUUUUGUGGUUGGUAAAGAACCCCCAAAGAUCUCCAACAAGGUGGAUGUCUGGUCAGUAGGAGUAAUCUUUUUCCAGUGUCUUUAUGGACGAAAGCCUUUUGGCCACAACCAGUCACAGCAGGACAUUCUGCAGGAGAACACUAUUCUCAAAGCUACUGAGGUCCAGUUUCCUGUAAAGCCAGUUGCCAGUAAUGAAGCUAAGGCCUUCAUAAGACGCUGCCUGGCAUACCGGAAGGAGGAUCGAGUCGAUGUUCUCCAGCUGGGAAGCGACCCCUACCUGCUCCCUCAAAUGCGAAGAUCGAGCUCCUCUGGAAACCUGCAGCUGAGUGCUGCUAGCGCCGGCUCAGCCUCUUCCAGUCUCAUUUCAUACUGACAGUUUUAAACUUUCUAAGAAAAGCAAACCGACAACUGAAGUUGGAGCUGUGAGGCUCAUUGGGACAGGAGCAGCAGGAUGCGAGUGUGAGGAUGUUUAUCUGCCUCCUCUGACCUGCAUCCGGAUUCUUCCCUUCACAGAGACUUUAUCAGUGGAAGGAUGGAGAAGUGUCUCAAAGAACAUGCAUAAAAGGAUCGUUAGUUGUGGGAAGGGGGCUCCCAAAAAAAAAAAAAAAAAGCACUGAAACCAUAUCUUGAAGAAAACGUUACUGGACACCCUUAGAGAGGAUGAAGACGGCUGGAGCGUUCAGUAGCGGAAUGGAGAUUCGGCUCUGUGCCAUUUAGAUUUGAUAAAGACUGUCCUGCCAGGAUGCAAAUUAUACAGCUGCUAGAAGUUAAUUUACUGUGAGAAGAAGUUGGUCAUUGUUGAGUAGAAUUGAAGAAAUUUCACUAUUGAUUUGGAUAAUUUUGUUUUUUUUCUCCCACAAACGCUAGGCUUUAAUUUGAGUUACUUAGCCAUGGGAAUGUGUAGCAUAAGUGGCAUCUAGUGUCAUGUAGGCUGGAGGAGCAUACUUAAGUGCACAAAGUAACCAAAUGUAGAAAAGUGAUGUAUAAAAAAAAACCCUAUGCAGGAAUAUUAAUUAAAAUAUAAAUUGGAAACUGUAUAUGCUGUAUAGGUGAAUUUUCAAAAUUUGAGCUGCAGCAGUUAAAAGUUUUCCUGACAUAAAAUAAGUUUCCUGGAGUUUUUUUUUUUCAUUUUGCUGCUUUGCUGCUCUUACUUUUUCAAGGGCUGUAUGUUCCACUUUGGGUACAAGUUGUACAGUUAUGCUUAAAAUGAAUAAUAAAUUCCAGGAACAGUUUUUCUUCCCCUAAUAAAUGUUAUAACCAAUUUUCUCUCUCGAAGCAAAACUAAACUACAAUUUUAAAGUGAACUUAGAUGUUUUUGAAGUGUUUGAUUUCCUUAAUUUGAAAAAAAUAUGAACAGCUAAUGAAAACCUAGUUUGGUUUCUUGUAUUACACACGCAGGUCUGAGGAUUUUUAAUGUGGAAAUGUCAGCCUGCUGAAAAGCAGUCCAACACAAUUGGUGACAGUGUGCAUAUAUGAUGGAUAUCCCAAAUGCUUUGGGUAUCAAUUCCAGCUGGGUGAAUGAAACUAUUAUCCCUUCAAGGCUUUCUGCAGAACUAUUUUUUUUAACACAAUUCUUCCAAUUAUUUUCCAGUAGUAUGCUCGCACACUGAACAUUUCAAGCACUCAGCUUCUUUAGCAAUAAACUUAUAGCAGUUCCUGAUGGGUGGUGUCGGCAGCCGAACACUAACAGAAAAAGAAAAUGCUUUUAACCAAAUUAUGUGUUUUUUCUGAAAAACUUUGCCACUAUGUUCAUGGGCAACAUCACCACCAUCUGGUUUU